GUCACUGACUCAGGAAGGUAGUUGCUCAACACGCCCACUCCUCAGCCUAUAUAACAGCUGAUUUCCAGCACAGAAACACAAGUGGCAUUCAAAGAGGAAGCAUGAGGUCUUGCAGUCUGUGUAUCAUCCUGAGCCUGGCGGUGGCAGUUUACUGCGUGCCUGUAUCACAAGUCACUGAGCAAGAUGAACAUGAUGCAGAGAGCUACCUGAAAAGAUUCUUCAACCUAACAGAGGAGAAAGGUCCCACUAGCAGACGGGGGGUCAGCGCGGUGAGCAGUAAGCUGAGUGAGAUGCAGAGAUUCUUUGGCCUCCAUAUCACCGGGACUCUGGAUGCUGACACCAUGACGAUGAUGAAGAAGCCCCGCUGUGGCGUCCCAGACACCAACAUUGCCAGUUUCUCCACGUUUGGAAAAAACCUCAAGUGGGAGAAAAACAGAAUUACCUACAGGAUAGUGAACUACACACCUGACAUGUCUGCGCCAGAGGUAGAUGACUCCGUAGAGAAAGCGCUGCAGGUUUGGGCCAAAGUCACUCCUCUGAGAUUCACAAGAAUCCACAGUGGCACCGCUGACAUCAUGAUCUCCUUUGGCCGCCAAGCACAUGGUGACUUUUACCCCUUUGAUGGCCCUGAUGGCACUCUUGCCCAUGCCUUCGCCCCGGGCACUGGCAUUGGAGGAGACGCUCAUUUCGAUGACGAUGAGCACUUCACUUUUCGCUCCAACAGAGGCUACAUCCUCUUCCUGGUGGCUGCCCAUGAGUUUGGCCACUCCCUGGGCUUGUCUCACUCUGAUGAUCCUGGUGCUCUCAUGUACCCUGUGUACUCAUACAGAAACCCAGACACCUUUGUUCUGCCCCGGGAUGAUGUCAACGGCAUCCAGUCUCUCUAUGGUAGAAACUCUGUAAAGGAUCCCUCUGUAGAUAAACCUCAGCCCCCCACCACCCCUGAUGUCUGUGAUUCAACCAUGGUCUUGGAUGCUGUCGCCACCCUGCGAGGAGAGAUGCUCUUCUUCAAGGACAGCUUCUUCUGGCGGAGCUUCCCUCAGAGCAAUACACCUCAGCUAAGUCUCAUCACAAACUUCUGGCCCAAAGCCCCCACCCACAUCGACGCUGCUUAUGAAAGCCAACAGUCAGACAGAGUCUUUCUCUUUAAAGAUCGUAGAGUGUGGGCCUUCGCUGGCUAUAAUCGUGUGCGUGGCUAUCCCAAAACACUUUCCAGUUUUGGUCUGCCCAGAAGUGUGAAGAAAAUCGAUGCGGCCCUCUAUGAUGUGGAAUCCGGCAAGACUCUGUUCUUUGUAGACCGCUCUUACUACAGUUAUGAUGAGACCAGAAAGACCAUGGACCAAGGAUUCCCCAAGCGAGUGGAUCAGACAUUCUCCGGCCUGACCGGCAAGGUGACUGCAGCUCUCCAGUACAGAGGUUAUACUUACAUCUACAGCGGACCAUACAUGUUUGAGUACAGCCUGAGGACCGGGAGGUUGUUCCGGGUGCUGAGGAACAGCUACUUCCUGCGCUGCUCUAACUUCUAGAGCAGUUUACUGGCCAAGCUGUUUAUGUGGCCACUCUGAAUGAGAAUGAAUGUACACCA